AUGUCGACUUCUAGUUGUCAAUUGACGCCUUUGCGACCCGCAGGUUACAAUGAAAGGCGAUACAUCACUCGUCAAUCACUGGGAUACUAUCGUACACUUGCGAUUGGUGAUGUAUAUACUCUCAAGCAAGAUCGCGAAGUGUCCCAGCAAACAUUUGUGCCAGCCUUGAAGCAUUGCGUGGCGAUUCAUCCACUAUUGAGUGCCGUGAUUGAGUGCCAGGAUACCGAGUCACCUGCUUUUGCUAGACCGAAAGUAUUGGACUUGCAAAACCAUGUUGAGAUCUUGAGUGUCAACGACUUCGAAGAAGGAGCCACAAAUUCACCAGAGAAGGAUCUUAUCCACCGUGCCACGAUUCGUACGCUCGACAGCGAGUUCCUGUCUGCAGAGAGCAUACCGCCGUGGAAAGUUGUAAUCUUCAAUCUGCCCAAUCGUCACGAACCUCAAGAAGACUCGUCCACUCAGAGGCUCUUCAUCCUGUUUGCAUACUACCAUUCCCAUGGUGAUGGCAAAUCUGCUCUGGCAUUCCACAAAACGUUCUUACAAGGUCUCAAUGGCCCAAAGAGCAAUCUCACCGAGAGUUCCACAUGCGAAACACCAUCGACUCCUCUGCCGCCUACGAUCGAGCAAGCUGGCAAGCUAUCUAUCUCUUGGUCUUACCUCUUGAGUCCUCUCUUCGGCGCAUACCUUCCAGAAUCUGUCGCUAGAUUAUUCGGCCUGCGUGCUUCGACUACACCAAAGUCUGCGGAUGCCUGGAAAGGCAUAAAGGCUUCUUUCGACCACAGUACAUUUAGCACAGGACUUGACUUCUUUAACGUCCCUCACACGACUAUGGGGAAGACUUUGGAGCUUUGCAGAGCCCACGAUGUCAAGUUCACGAGUUUGUUGCAUCAAUUGGUUGUUCGUGCUUUGAGCGAAGCCUAA